CAAGCUAUCAUCUUGCGCUGCUACGUACACUUACAUAUGAUCAUGCCAGCUCCGAAACAGGCUUCCGAAGCGGACAUAAUAUACAAUAAGGCGAAUGUCAGUCGCGCAAACUUACAGCGAAUAGCAGCGUCAUGGCUGUCUCCGAACUCUGAUGAGCAGCUUCAGCCUACAAAGUCUGAACACGCAUUCCAGCAAGAGGAGAAAGACUUCGCUGUGAGCGGACCCGAAACUCUCGGUAUGGGCGCGCAGAACUUCGAUGACGACUUCCUCAACCGCCGCAGGUUCACCUCAAAUGACAAGCUGCUACAGAAUCUCCUUGGGAAGAAGGUUGCAAAAGAGAGGGCCCAGCGACCGAGAGGGCCGCCAGCAGUUACGGAGAGUUCUACAACACGUAAUCCUCCCCGAACUGCAGCUCCUCAGGACGCAAGCGACGAGGAGGAGGGUAGGGCGUCAAUGUUCACAUCGUCCAAGAAAUCACGACAGUCUCGCAACGAGGCGUCCAAUGGCCGUAGACAUGAGGAUGCCCACAGCGACACAAAUCAGAGCCACGAAGCGAUCGACGUCAUAUCUUGA